AUGAUACUCAGUAUCGUGCUGGCGGAGUAUUGUCGGUGGGGAAAUAACCAAAGACGCAGGCGUGCGGUGCUGCAGGAAGAGAACGGUCAGCUUGGUCUGGCUGAGAAAGGCAAAUCCAGCGAGCAGAGACUAGACUGCGUGGCAGCUGUGGUUGGGUACCGAGAAGAGCCUGCCCUUUGGCGAACAGCACUGAACAGCUAUUCUCAAGCACAAAACUGCCGGUUUCUCCUCAUAUGUAUAGACGGAGAUGCAGAGGAGGAUCGAGAAAUGGUGGAAGUGUUUCAAAAUUUGUACCCAGAGAAGUCAGCUCUGAUACAUUUGGAUCUGCCCUUGGCAGAGAUUGCUAUGCAAAUGGACCGAGCAAGAUCCAGCCAGACCCCAGAUACAGACAUAAUCGCUCAGUGUUGCUCCAUUGCGAAAGCGAAUCUGGAGAAGAACAAUAUCAAACUGGUCGGUGACCAGGCAAUCACCAGGUUGUGUGUUAGCCAGCCACACAUGCACAAGAAGGGUGUUAUGUUCACCUCGUUCAUCAUUUCACUGGUUAUUUCAGACAUGUUAGAUAUUGAGUUCCUGUGA